GAUGACACACGGGUGUUAACACUGUCGUUAUGUGCUGUCAUCGCAGAGCUGCGGACUAAAACAACUAUGAACGUGAAAAUAUGUUCGCCACAGGUGCUCGUUAUACAACCGAAAUAGGGGAACCCGUAGCGUUAACAGUGCAGCUACAGUAGCUAGCAGGCUAAACUAAGCGUGCUACUGCAAACUGCUCAUUUAACUCGGAGCUUUGACGCCGCUAAUGUCCCCGUUUCCUCCGGCAACCGUCACAAACAAUGAAUGACACCGUCGAGGCAGCGAUGUCGUCUCUUCUGAGGGAGGAGAUGCAGAGAGUUCUAUUUCGACCCGCUAAAGAGAGACUCGUGGAGUUUAUUGAGAUUGAGGAGCCGUCGCAAGGAAGGCAUUUUCUCUGUGUUUCAGUUGCAAAAAACAAAGUGGUGCAGUUAUGUAUAGUGCGAUGUCAGUUAUCUCAGUCGUCCCUAAAGUCUGGAGGCAAAAAUCCAAGCACCAAACGCUCCAACAUACAGGACUGUUACAGGAGGACAGAGAUCUGGUCCCUGGAAAACCUGACUCUUGUUGACGGACGCGACCCUGAUGUGGACGACCCGUGCUUCCUGCUGCACUUUGACAAGGUGCGCACGGUGACGGCCACCAGCUGCUCAGCCAAAUACGCCAUUGUGCGAUCGCUGGUGGCUCUGAGUGACCAACACUGUCAGAAGUCACUGAACCUGCAGAACUUUGACUGGGCCUACAUCAAGCCCACCUCGUUCUACUCCAACAGAGGAGACUGUGUCGUUCUGUCACAGAUAUGCUUCUACGCAUUCAACCUGGUGUGUCUGUCCAUGUGUCCCGUGCCCCUGGAUGCAUAAGGAAGUGGUGUUUGUUUGUGUGUGUGUACAUGGAGGUGUGUGUACUGUAUUUGUGUACGUGCUGGCCAGACAACUGUAGCAGGUUUGUUGUAUAUAUAAUGUGUAAGUGUGGAUUUCAUUGUUCAGCUUUAACGAGUAGUUAUGCACCAUGAAAUGCUUUUCUAUUGCUACUCACUGACUAUAGCUUCAUGGCAAGUGAUUGAAUCAGCUUGGAAAUGUUUACGAUCUUUUUGACAAUUUAUCAAAAAUCUGUUCUGUGCUAUUGUGAAAAUGCGGAAUUGAAAUGAAGAUCAAAUAAAACCUAGUAGUGUAA